AUGCCUGCUGGAAUCUUCAACUCGACCUACUACGGCAAGGACUACCGCGCCGGUGCUGCCCUGCUCCGUGCCCGCCGGCCGUACCUCUUCAGGAAUACCUUGACUGGAAUCGGCCUCUUCUCAUUCUGUAUCGGAGUUUACACCUUCACCAUCCGAGCCGUCGGACAAGAAGACUUCUCUGACGUCGUCGUCCCCGAUGCCCCCGCCGCACCGAAGCAGGAAGCCAAAUGA